GGGAGGAGUGGGCAUUAUAAAGCAAGCUAGCUAAGCGAUGCAAUGAGAGCAUAACGUUAACGCAAGUGUCGAUACGCUUCGUUCGGCUACGACGACCGAUGUGCGUCGUCCCGUGUUCUUCCAGUUCCAGCACCAUCCUGCUGCUGCUCCUCAUAUGCUCCCUUGUACUGCUCUGUUGCUCUGGCAGUGGCUCCGGUGACCUGCACAACUACUUCGAGCCCUACACCCUGGGCUCUCUGUUCAAUGAGACGGAUGGCCACCUCUUCCACGUCAAUCCAAACACUACCAUAGGUAACGUGUCUGCAGGUGGCCUGCAAGGAUCUCACACCACCAAUGAUCUGCCAUUCAACUUGUCCGACAAGGGCUGGUUCUUCCUCCCUCAGCCCAUCUUUCUAUGGAAAUACACGUACCGCGACGACGGGGUGAGCUUCCAUGAGGCAUCGUUCGACAUCACCUUCACUAUCAGCGGCAUCUACCAGCCGAAGAGCAGCCUGGUGUUCGCCAUCCAACCUUCGCUCGACGAUGAUGUAGGGUAUAUAAAGUAUCCCAUUCCCAUGUCUCCUCCACAGAUUGGGACCUCCGCCAGCCACACUUCGCCUGUGUCCGGCACCGGCGGCAGCCAUGUCUCUGCGCAGGCCAGCGUCGUUUACGGGACAAUACUUGACCCCCGUAACGCUAGCUUGGUACAGAUUGACAUAGUAGAGUCGCCUGGCAGUUCCUCCACGACGGGGAGCAGGUACAGCGUGUGGGUCGGCUACGACCACGUCGAGCACAGCAUCUCCGUCGCCGUCGACUCUACCCAUGGAACGCCGAGCACGGCCACAGCAAACGGGGUCCUCAGACUCAGCAGCAUCAUGCCACAGUUUGCAUCCCUGGGCUUCUACUCCACCAUGGGGCAGCUCCAGCUGCUUGGCGACUGGAGCUUGACGGCCGAAAGGCUCCCCUACUCCUACUACUAUCCGUCGAGCUCAAACUCCACGUCCACGUCCACGGGCAACAAUGGCAAGACCAUCAUAUUGUCCUCGGUGCUCGGAUCCGCGGCUGCCGUUGCCAUCACGGCGACUGUUGCGUACGUCUACUUCAACUCCAAGUACAGGAAGUGGAAGAAAGAGCAGGACAAGCUCGCCAAAACCAUGCAGCGCCUCCCCGGAGUGCCCACCCAGGUCGACUACGCCGACAUCAGAAAGGCCACCAAGAACUUCCACGACACCACCAAGCUCGGGAAGGGCGGAUUCGGCGCUGUGUACCGUUGCACGCUGCCCGCUGCUUCCUUGAGAACGGGGCGAGGGAUGGAGGUGGCAGUCAAGAAGUUCAUGCGGGAUGUUGAGGACCAGCGCUACGACGACUUCCUGGCGGAGGUCAGCAUCAUCAACCGUCUGCGCCACAAGAACAUAGUGCCACUCGUCGGCUGGUCCUACAACAAAGGUGAGCCGCUAUUGAUCUAUGAGUACAUGACCAACGGUAGCUUGGAUCAGCAUCUCUUCCGAAGGGGCAGCACCGGGCAGCAGCAAGAAGACGACACAAGUGUUUCGCAAUGGCACACCCGGUACGGCAUCGCCAGGGACAUAGCUACAGGCCUGCACUAUGUUCAUCAUGAGCACGAGCCCAUGGUGCUGCACCGUGACAUCAAGGCCAGCAACAUCAUGCUCGAUUCGACCUUCCGUGCUCGGCUCGGUGACUUUGGCAUCGCCUGCACAGUGGCUGUCAACAGGAGCUCCGUCACCGGCGUCGCCGGCACGUUUGGCUACAUAGGGCCAGACUACGCGAUGAGGCACAAGGCCACGCGCCAGACUGACAUCUAUGCGUUUGGGGUGCUCAUCCUGGAGAUCGUCACCGGCAGGAAGAACGGGGAUGUCGUGCCUGACGACGACCACAUCACGGACUGGGUGUGGCGCCUUCACCGGGAAGGGAAGCUGCUUGAGGCUGCGCACGGCGUGCUCACCGCGGAAGACGACCACCGUGAGCUGGGCCUGGGCCUGGACGACGAUGUUGUGGACGAGGCAGAGCGUCUGCUGCUGCUUGGAUUGGCGUGCACGAAUCCCAACCCAUCCGAUCGCCCGAGCAUGGUGGAGGUGGUGCAGGUGCUCACCAAGUCGGCGCCGCCACCGGACGUGCCGCUUGAGAGGCCACCAUUCGUGUGGCCGCCCGUGGAUUGGCGUUCACGAAACUCUGUGUAUAGCACGGCGGUGAGCUGCUGGGACGGGAGCUCGGCAGCUAGCACGGAUACAGCUAGUGCAGGAAUCUGGAAUGGAGGAGACACCAGUACGUCCGGACACCAUGUCACCAUCGAUAGACAGAGCGAUAGGCGUCCGGAAGCUCCUUCCAGUACGUCCGGACACUCCCGAGCGCACGCGCCGGACCACUGCCGCGCCACGCUCUCCACCGCCCGAGUGCCGUCCAUACCAGCAUCAUCUGUACUGCCUGCGACAUCGACACCGUCGACGAGCUCAGCGCCGUCAUGAGAGCUCUAUACGUCAUCGAACUCCAACUGGUGAGAUUCGCGCCGCCGAGCUCUACACCGAUCGAUGACCUCGACACGCCGCUGUCAAGCUUCACGCGCUGAAGACCCUCUUCGGAACAGGGUCCACUAGUGCAAGGAGCAAGGUGACAUAUAAUGCUGCAAGCCUAUAUUACAAGUACAUGUUCCAAACGUUUUCAUGUGUUUGUGAUGUACAUUGCAAAUAUUUUAUUCGAAUAUAAUAAAAAUAGAUCUAUAUAUUGCAUAUA